CCUCAUCUGCCCAACCUAAUGUCUCACAUACACUCGUUUGAAAAAAGAAACUUGAGCUUCCACGAUGCUUGAACUUUGCUAGACACCUUGUCGACUUUCGAUUUGCCUCGCAAGAAUGGGGUUCGAGUAUGCGUUCGUGUGAGUGAGAUUUCCCAUCAAGAGCGUCUCCUUCAAAACUGAUAUCGUCUAGUCAUCUCGCAUACACGAUCCCACCAGCUGUGGUCUUGACGAUUUUUCAUCGGCCACUUUCAACCGCAAUCGAUAUCUACAAAAUUGCGUUUUUGAUAGCUAUUGCUGUCGUUUCAACCACUCCUUGGGACAGCUUUUUGAUUUCGCGCAACAUCUGGACUUACCCACCAAGCGUAAUCAUUGGCCCGCGUUUGUUUUUGAUACCCAUUGAAGAAUUGUUUUUCUUCGGCAUUCAGACUUAUAACACAUCAUUGCUUUACUUCCUACUCAGCAAACCUGUUUUCCAUCCGAUCUACCUUCGUCAUAAAUCCGGAAUUAAUCAAUACAAAUUAUCUGGCCAAAUACUUCUGGUCUCAAGCAUCAUUUUGGGCGUGUUGAUGGUCCGGGCUGGAAAAGAGGGAACGUACUUAGGAUUGAUACUAGUUUGGGCAGGGCCAUUCGCGCUUCUUCUAUUCUGUUUGUCCUCCCAAUUUAUCCUCACACUACCUUAUACCAGUACGAUCUUGCCAAUUGCCAUACCAACAAUUUACUUAUGGGUGGUUGAUACUUUGGCAUUGAAAAGGGGAACCUGGGCGAUUCAGUCUGGUACAAAGCUUGGUAUAUAUCUGUGGGAUGGACUGGAGAUCGAGGAAGCCAUAUUCUUUCUCGCCACUAAUGUCCUAAUUGUCUUUGGACAGAUUGCAUUUGAUCAUGCCCUAGCAAUCUUGCAAACUUUUCCACUUAUGUUUCCAGAGGUCUCGGAGCCACCCUCACCUCUGAAACUUGUUGAAGCUCUGUUGACGGAUCGGAAUUCGUAUGAUGAAGUGCGUUUGGAGGGCUUGCAGCAAGCGGUCGAAAGACUACGGAACAAGAGUCGGAGUUUUUAUGUAGUAAGGAGCUCUUUUCUUUCUACCCCGCAUCUCGUACCAAAUGAUGAGUAGUCUGAAACUUCGAUACGUAGAUGCUAAUUUGUGUAUAGGCUAGCUCGACUUUUUCUGGCCGUCUCAGAAUAGAUUUAAUCUUGCUCUAUUCAUUUUGCAGAGUCGCUGAUGACUUAGUCGACAACGCCAAAAGUUCGAUUGAAGCUCGUCAAUGGAUACAGAAACUCACUCAGUAUCUCGAUAUGGCCUACAAAGAAGGUUCAACCACGAAAAAUAGACUGGGCAUCGAGACUUACAUCAACGAUAACUUCCCGGCUGCUUCUAGAUCUGCAUUGUAUCUGCUACCUACUUCUUCCCUGCCCGCCGGUCCCCUCUUCGGGUUGCUGGAAGGAUUUGUUACCGACCUCGAAUUUGAUCACAACUUUCCCAUUGGGACGCCACAAGAUCUGAGAAAUUACGCAUCUCACGUUGCUGGAACGGUGGCCGAGCUUGUGUUGAACCUGGCGUUUUUCCAUAGCCAUGCAGCCGGUGACGAGGCUCAACGAAAGGAGAUUAUGAAUGCCGGACAUCAAAUGGGUAUCGCUCUUCAGUAUGUCAAUAUUACUCGCGAUAUUGCCACGGAUGCAGCAAUUGGAAGAGUUUACUUGCCCACGGCUUGGUUGGAGGGCGAAGGGUUGACGCAUCAAGAUGUAUUGAAAGACCCACGCCACCCAAGCAUCGAAAUUAUACGUACCAAGCUUCUCAAUGAAGCAUUUGGAAUAUAUGAAAAGUCCCGAGGCCCGAUGGAACUGCUGCCCGAAAACCUCAGGGCACCCAUAAGGGUAUGUGUGGAAAGUUACAUGGAGAUUGGAAGGGUUUUGCGGGAGGAUGGAUAUGUAGUGAAAGAAGGAAAGGCUACCGUUCCUAAAUUUAGGAGGCUGAAAGUUGCGUGGAAAGCCCUGACACAUUAAUGGAGUUCUUUUUAAUGAUUAUGUAACCAUAAUACGAACCUGAAUAAUCUUGCUCGGAUGUUCUGCU